AUGGACAGGAUUUUCUCUGCCUUGCUGCUCUCUUUACUGCUCCUCCUCCAGAGCUACACCGUGUGCGGGGCCCCUCCGCAGCCCAGAGGCACCCUGUGCAGGACCAAACCCACGGACCUGGUGUUCAUCAUCGACAGCUCCCGCAGCGUCCGCCCGCACGAGUUCGAGAAGAUCAAAGUCUUCGUGUCCCGUGUGAUCGAGGGGCUGGACGUGGGGCCCAACUCCACCAGGGUGGGGGUCAUCAACUACGCCAGCGCCGUCAAGAACGAGUUCUCCCUCAAGACCUACCACACCAAGGCCGGGCUCCUGCAGGCCGUGAGGAGGAUCGAGCCGCUCUCCACGGGCACCAUGACCGGCCUGGCCAUCCAGUUUGCCAUCAGCAGGGCCUUCAGUGACUCAGAAGGGGGCAGGGUGAGGUCUCCCAAUUUUAAUAAGGUGGCCAUCGUGGUGACGGACGGGCGGCCCCAGGACGGGGUGCAGGACGUGGCCGCCCGUGCCAGGGCCGCCGGCAUCGAGAUCUUCGCCAUCGGGGUGGGCAGGGUGGACAUGCCCACGCUGAGGCAGAUCGCCAGCCAGCCCCUGGAUGACCACGUGGACUAUGUGGAGAGCUACAGCGUCAUUGAGAAGCUGACCCAGAAGUUUCAGGAAGCUUUCUGUGUGGUGUCUGACCUGUGUGCCACUGGAGACCAUGACUGUGAGCAGAUCUGUGUGAGCACCCCAGGAGCCUACAAAUGUGCCUGCAAGGAGGGCUUCACCCUCAACAAUGAUGGCAAGACCUGCAGUGCUUGCAGUGGUGGGCUGGGAUCUGCUCUGGAUCUCGUUUUCCUGAUCGAUGGCUCCAAGAGUGUGAGGCCUGAGAACUUUGAGCUGGUGAAGAAGUUCAUCAACCAGAUCGUGGACUCGCUGGAGGUGUCGGACAAACAGGCCCAAGUGGGGCUGGUUCAGUACUCCAGCUCUGUCAGGCAGGAGUUUCCUCUGGGGCAGUUCAAGAACAAGAAGGACAUCAAAGCAGCAGUGAAGAAAAUGUCCUACAUGGAGAAGGGGACCAUGACAGGCCAGGCUCUGAAGUACCUCGUGGACAGCUCCUUUGCCAGCAUCAAUGGGGCCAGGCCCGGCGUGCCCAAGGUGGGCAUUGUCUUCACUGAUGGCAGGUCCCAGGAUUACAUCACAGAUGCUGCCAAAAAAGCCAAAGACUCAGGCUUCCGGAUGUUUGCUGUGGGAGUUGGCAACGCCGUGGAGGAUGAGCUGAGGGAAAUCGAAGAUCCCUGUGAAUGUAAAUCCAUCGUGAAAUUCCAGACCAAAGUUGAAGAUCUCAUCAAUUCAUUGCAGCAGAAAUUGGAAGCUCUGGCAAAAAGGAUCGAGGCCCUGGAGAACAAGAUCAUCUAAAGUCCCAGCACAGGAUUUUUUACCUCCUUCCUAGAACUCCUCCACUUGUCAGGGAGGGCAGCUCAGCCACAGAGCUCUGGCCAGCUUGUAUUUGAGUUCUAGAAUACCUGCAUUUGUUUAAAAGGGAAGAAAUAUAACAGUAGAGCAUUGUAUAAUGGGCAGAGCACUGUGUAUUGCAUCAUAUAGAGUGCAUAUAUUAAAAGGAAAAAAAACCUGCAAAGAUUUGUUUUUGAUUUAAAGCUUAAUAUAUAUAUGUGUGUUAAUAAGUCCUGGAUGAUGAGCUCUGUGAAUCCUCUCUGUGUUCUUCUGCAGCUUCUGUUUCUGUGCAUGAGAUAAUUUAAUUUAAAAGUCAAAGUGACUUCAAAUCACCUCAGCUGCUGAGUGGAAAAUGCCAAAGGUGAUCACCUUGUAGUUGGGAACAUGAUGAGUCUGGCAGUAAGAGAAGUACAGCAGUGAGCCCUGAGCGUGAGCUGGGGGUGGGAUGGGAUAGGCUGGGUUUACCCAGGGCUGUUGUACAGGGUAGAAAGAGCAAAGCUCGGCUUUCCCAGCCACU